UAUCUCAGUGCGAGUGCAAUGACUUGGGCCUCCACUCACAACCUCACCAUCUACGAAAACAUGAACGCUGUCGUAGCGGCUUUGGCCGAGUGCCAGGCAAAGAUUGGAACUGGAUACUUGUCUGCUUUUCCAACCAGCUUGUUUGAUCGUUUCGAAGCUCUGGAGUCUGUUUGGGCACCAUACUACACAAUUCACAAGAUUAUGGCAGGACUUUUGGAUCAGUAUACGUAUGCCGCGAACAGUUUUGCAUUCGAGAUGCUGUUAGGCAUGACUGAUUACUUUGGGAGCCGCGUUGAGAGGGUCAUUGAGAAGUAUAGCAUCGAGAGACACUGGCAAUCACUAAACGAGGAGACUGGCGGGAUGAACGAUGUCUUGUAUCGUGUCUAUCAAAUUACGGGAGAUGCGAAACACUUAAAGUUGACACUUGUUUGA